AUGGGUGCCAACGCCAAAGCCCAAUCCUGGCUUCAUAAGCUAGAGGAACAAGGUAUGCUCUGCGCCUUUCAUGAAGAGGGAACAGGAUCCUUGACUAACCAGACAAUGCCAGUUAACGUCGACGUCGAUGCCAUGGAUCCAGACUUCAUCAAGUCCCUGCCCAUCACCCCGCACGACAUGACGAGCAACCAAAUCCACGUGCAUGGUCAAAUAAGUGAGCCCAAGAACAGACAGCUACUGCUUGAUGUCGCCAGGGAGUACAAGGACCGUAGCUGGGUGGAUGUCUAUACGCGUGUGGCCGUCCUCCUCUGCAAAAAGAAUAUAAACCUCAUCUCCGGUCGUGUCCUCCUGCAAAUCCUCCCUUCGUAUGCCUACGACAGGGAUAAAGUCCUUUCCCAUGCACGACUAUACGCGAAAGAAUUCGAAUCAGUGGAGAUUACCAAGGACAGAUUCUGCAUUAAGAUUCCGUCAACCGGCCCCGCGCUCAGUGUCUGUUCUACACUCGAGGCGGAGGGGAUUCGCACUCUGGGCACGGCGGUAUUCUCGCUUCCGCAAGCGAUUGCGGCCAGUCAGGCCGGAUGUCUCUAUAUUAGCCCUUAUUUCAAUGAAAUAAGGGCCAACUUCAAUCUAUCCCUCUGGCCGAACGUCGAGGACCCCGCGACGCAGCAUACCAUGUCUGCACGACUGAUGCAGAUGCUCGAGAUGUAUAGGAAACUAUACAAAGAAACGGGAAAGACACAGCCGCUAAUUAAGAAUGCGAACUUCAUAAGCCCCAAGGAAGCUCUCGCCCAGGGCGAAUUCGGUGUAGAUUCCGCCACCGUCUCCGCAGAAGUUCUGUCACAGCUUGCAAAUAUCCCAUAUGACGUCUCUGUCCGCCCAUCAGGGAUCGUUGACAUCCCCAAACCGCAAUACCCCGAGCACCAGAACUCUGUGUCCUCUACCCCCAAACGUCUGCAACAUCUCGCAACUACGGAUCCGUUAGCUGCGGCGGACUGGGAUGGAAGUAUUGCGAGCACGGACGUGGAUUAUCUGAAACACAACGGCGCGGAACUCGAGAAGGCUAUUAAGGCUGAUCCCAUUGCGAGUGCGAGGAUCAGUGAUGCCCUGGACGUGUUCUUGAAGGUUGAGGGGGAAAGUAGGGAGUUGAUCGAGGGGGUUAUGAAGGAGCUUGCCUAAGGUGGUAACAGCUGGUUUGGUAAGCUACCAAACCAGGAUACGGUUUCGUCCGUGCAUUUGCAUU